GUUUGAAACGCCAAAGUUCCAAAUAAACUCAAUGACUGCGACAACAACGGCAUCAACGCUCCAUGAGCAGGUCUUUGGCUACUUUCGCGACGGGUGGAUGAGCGUCGGCGCAUACUCUGUGCUCGCCAUUGUCGUUACAACCGUCUGCCUGCGAUUCCUGCUGCGCGCCGUGAUGCGACGGCUGGCGGCGUUUGUCGCCGACCCAGUCCGCUUUGGCCAGACGCUCCAGACGCUCGCCCGCCUGAUGCUCCAGUCUGUGGCGUGCUGGAUUCUGGCGCUCAACUGGUUCAAGAUGUUUAUUGGCAUGAUCGACGACCGGUUGCCGUUCGCGCUGGUCGCUGCAGAUCCAAUCUCGCGCGCGUUUCUGAACGAGGACGCCAACGUCCAGAACGCGCUGGGACUCUUUUACUCGAUCGUCAUUGCGCUCAUCAUCAAUCUGUGCAUCUCGAUCAGCCUGGCACCGGCGACGCGGCUUUCGCAGGUCAAGAUUAUCAAGACAAUCAUCACGCUCGUCGUUGGCACUCUCUACCUGCCUGCGGCCGACUCGACCAUGGUGCUUUGGUUUGCCGUGCUGCGCUGCGGCCUCGCGUUGAUCCAAAGCUGCCGGUGCGUGGUGGACGAUUUCAACCAGCUGGGAAUGCAGCACACCUACCUCGUCGUGUCGCUGUGGCUGGGCAUGCUGGGCUUCCUGUUCCAAGCAAUCUAUUCCCUCUAUUUUGUCUCGGUGAUGGACAUUCUGAGCUGGGCUACGAUGGCUGAGAUUGGCCACGCCUUCAUCAUUCCGUUCUCCCUGUCGCAAUUCCCAAAGCUCUUUCUCUUUGUGUCCUUGCGGAAUGCCUUUGCAAUGUUUGACAUGGAGCUGAGUCCGCUCGAGUUUAUCUGGAUUGCGGUGGUCAUCCACGCGUCGAGCUUUUUGAUGAAUAUUCUCACGCAAGAUGUCGUCAACGUGAAUGUGCUCGGCCUUCGACCCGACCCGUUCGGCGACGCGGCCCGCCUGUUUCAAGCGGGUGCGCCGCAGCAACACCAACAGCAGCAGAACGGUGGUGCGGCAUUUGAUGGCAACAAUGUGCGCGCGCAGAAUGAGGCCAACCUGCCCGAUCCCAACAUGCUGGCUCGCCUGCAGGCUCAAAUGCUUGGACUCGCGCGACAAGCAGUGGUUGCCAACCACGCUCCGCAACCGCAGCAGCAGCAUCCCAUUCUUGGCAAUCAGCAGAAUGGCAAUCCUGCAGGGGACGACAACCAGCCAGAGCACUUUGACCAUGUGGAAGGAUUUCUGCUGGCGGCAGGCUACAUGCCACCUCCCCGCAACCAAGCACUCCCUCAGCAGCAGCAACAAGAGCCAAUGCCCGGCGUUGCUCCCGUUAUGGUUGGUCCUACGGGCUCCCCGAUCCGAGGCAGCUCGCUCGUGCGUUCAGGGAGCCGUUCGCUUGCUUCUCGGCAACGAAACACGGCUGGCGGCCGAUAUUCACUGCGUCCCAUCGUCCACUCGACUCCAGCGAGCUUUGCUGGGGCUUCCUCUUCGUCCUCUGCGGCAUCCACUUCAAGUCGCCUUGGCACUGUUGUUCACCCCAUUGAUCUUCUCUUGGACGACUACGACAGCGACAGUGACGACGACUUUGAUCAAUCCCAGCAGACACGCAAUCACAGCGCCCUCGUCACAAUGCAAAUGGAGCAGGGAUAUGGAAUGCGAGCGGCAUUGUUCGAUGCCGAGUCAGACGACAGCGACGACGAUCGGGCGAAACCCGAAUCGCUGGAUGAUUGGUCGGAUGCCACUUCCGUUGAUUCCACCGACGACGAAGAUCUCGACGAGCUGUUCACCCCUCACCCCGGCUCUGUCACGCCAAUAUCCCCCUUGAGCGAUCGCACCGCUCGCACCGUGCACUCGCCUGCACGCCAUCCUUCCGACUAUGUCGUGGAGCCCAACGAAACCCUACAACUGCUUCAAGAGGCGCUCCAGCCAUUGCGCGAAAUCCUCAAGGGCGUCGCUGAAGCGCUUCAGCAUGUGCCUUCCGCAUUGGGCGCCAGCGCAGUCCAAAGAAUCGACCCGUCAGGACCCCACGUUGGCCUGGAGGCUGCAGCCAUUGUGGACGACCAGCUCGCCGUGCUUCAGCACAUGAGCUCUCCGAACGACGUGUUGCUUCGCUGGCUCGGAACGACUCUGCUCGAUUUGUACACGGAGCGGCAAGAGCUCGAUCGUUGCAUCGUGUGCCUCGUCAAUCCCCGGCAGUUUACCGUGUUGGACUGUGGCCAUUUCUGCAUCUGCGCCGCGUGUAUACUAGCUGCCGGCCAACGAGGGCUGACCAAUUGUCCAAUGUGUCAACAACCUGCUGUUCGAUUGGUGAAGACGUUUGGGUGAAGUCCCGCCAUUUGUUUCUUUCUUUUUUUUAUUCUGUUCUCUUUGUGCUUAUUCUUUCCUUGCAAAUACACCUUGAU